CAGUGUUCUAAAGUCGAUUGACUGCAGAACAUCGUGUAUUUGACACCUGUUUAUACAAUGGAUUUGACAUAAUUAGAUAUGCCAGAGUACAUUGCAGUAGCGGCUCCUGGAGUUACACUCCCUGUACUGCCAGGGGAGUGGGCCCAGCGAGCUUUCGUCGAGCUCAACGAGAUACCAGAAGCUGCGGUAGAAGCUCUACACGAGCUCAAGCUCAGAAUUGCAGAUGACACUGAACUGCACGCCUGCACUGACGAUGCCUUUCUGCUUAGAUUUCUCAGAGCUCGAAAGUUCAAUAUAUCUAAAGCAUUUACAAUGUUACAGAGGUACUACCGUAUGAAGGAGGAAAGUCCUGAGCUGUUCAGGAUCCCUCGUCCAUCAGAAAGACUUCACAUCCUGGAGAUGAAUGCUCAGUGUGUCCUGGACGACAGAGAUCACAACGGCAGUAGAGUCUACAUCUUUAGAGUCGGACAGUUUAAAAAAUUCACUACUCUUGCUGCUGCCAAAAAAGCUCAGCCUUUGACAUAUCAACAGCCACCAACAGAAACAUACGAUGAAGCCAAGGUCGACACGUCCCUGGUCACGGUAGAGGACGUGUUCAGCACGAACGUGUUGGCGCUAGAACACGUGGUCAGAGAGCCGGAGACCCAGGUUGGGGGCAUCACUGUCAUCGUGGACAUGACGGGGUUCGGUCUUCAGCAGCACGCCAAGUUCCUGUCGCCUUACUACGCCCGACGCACUGUUGAAGUCAUCCAGGAGACGUUCCCUCUCCGCUUUAAAGGCUUUCACGUAAUCAACCAACCGUUCUACUUCGACGCAGUGUUCGCAGUUCUCAGACCAUUUCUGAAAGAGAAAAUAAGACAAAGGAUAUACCUGCACGGGAAGGACUUGAGUUCUUUACAUUCAUAUGUAGAUCAGGCUAUCCUUCCCGUGGAGUACGGUGGUCUGCAGAGCGAGUUCGAUAACACUCGCUGGAGACAACAGCUUCUGGAGUUGGAGCAGGAGUUCAUGGAACUGGAAACGUUCGGGUACAAGCAUCAAGAUGAAAUAAACGACAAAGAAGAGAUUGACCUACUCUAGUAAUGUUUGAGGAUCUACAAGGCUGCAGAUUGUACUGAAACCCAUAUAAGUUAGCAAACCUGCAGAUCCAACUGAGUGUAUAAGUAUACAAAGAUCCCACCAGAAUCUAUAUUCGCAAGAGUCUGAAGGCUUGCAGACUUUACUGUUGUUAUGUGAUUUAUCUUUUAGGUGUUGUUGCUAUGACUAAAAUAUAUAAUCUGUCCAUUCCCGCAACGGGGGUAGUCUAUCUUAUGUAAAUAACUGUUAUAUUGAUGCCGAGUCUCACAUUGUUACUUGCCAACGAAUUCGCACGCUUUAUAGGUUAUGUCAAUUAUACACUUGCUUGGCUUAGGCUUAAUGUACAUAGGGUUCAGUAGGAUUGCAAUAUUACAAAGUGUUUGCCUAUGCUAAUAAAUCAUUUAGUUUGUAAACUUGCUUGUUUUAAUAUAUAUUUUUAUUUAAUUUAAUUGUUUUACAUCCGUUAUAUAUGAGCUGAAGUACAUAAGUAAAUUCUUUGUUGGAAAAUAAAUUACGUAAAUAGAUUGUGAAUUCAUUGGUUUUAAGAACAUAUAUUUAUAUGUGUUAUAAUUUUCAAACAUACC